AUGGGCAAAGGUAUGGUCUCUAUUGAUGCUUGGGCUGAUUUUACAAAAGAAAUUAAGAAGCAUUUCUAUCCUGAGAAUGCCGAGGAUGAAGCCAGGGGCAGACUCCGAAGGCUAAAACAAGUUGGGUCGAUUCGGGACUAUGUGAAAAAAUUCACUAACUUGACUCUUGAGAUCCUGGAUCUAUCCGACAAGGACUCUCUUUUCUUCUUCAUGGAUGGUUUGCAGUUGUGGGCCAAGACGGAGUUGAGGCGAUGCAAUGUGCAAGACCUUGCCACAGCUAUUGCAGAAACGAAGUCCUUUAUUGAUUUCAGCUCCAAGAAGGAACCCUCGUCCAAGCCAAAAGACAAAAACAAGGAUAAGGGGAGGUAUGCCUGCAAAGGUAGGGGAGACAAGGGCGCUGCACCCCACCAGGAUUGGUCCCGUAAGCCAGGUGGUGGCUAUAGAGGCAAAGAGGGAAGGGAGAACAAGGAAGGAGCACCCAAGCCUAAGGGUUCUUGCUUCAUAUGUGAUGGACCACAUUGGGUAAGAGAUUGCCCAAAGCGGAAGACCCUCAAUGCCAUGACGAGCCACUACGAAGAGCAACAACAGGAGGAGGCGCAGAUGGGUUCACUGCAAAUCCUUAAUGCUAUCAAGGCUAAAACUGAAGUCCCUAAGGUGGCGACUAAGGGGCUAAUGUUUGUGGAGGCGAGCAUCAAUGGGACACUCGCACGUGCUUUGGUGGACAUGGGUGCAUCCCACAAUUUUGUGAGCCUUGAUGAGGCCAAGAGGUUGGGCCUCAAGUAUAGUAAAGAAGGGGGCUCCAUGAAGGCAGUUAACUCAGCGGGAAAGGCUAUACAUGGCAUGGCACACGGCGUCAGAGCAUGCAUUGGCGAGUGGGGUGGCCACAUAGACCUAUCGGUGGUACCCAUAGACAACUUUAAACUAGUCAUUGGGUUGGAGUUCCUAGAUAAGAUGAGAGCCUUCCCCAUUCAUUUCGCUAACUCUAUGUGUAUUAUGGAAGGAAACGCAGCAUGCAUGGUACCAGUGGAUAGAGGCGCCAAGUUGGAAGCCCAAGUUUUGUUAGCUAUGCAGUUCAAGAAGAGCUUUAAGAAGGGAGAGACUAGCUACCUUGCUACGUUACUGGAGACACCCGAUGAUGAGCCAGUCCCUUCCCCACAAGAAGAGGUGCCUAAGGAGAUACGAGCCAUGCUAAACGAGUACACGAACGUGAUGCCUAAGGAGCUGCCCAAGAAGCUUCCACCUAGGAAGGAGGUGGAUCAUAAGAUUGAGCUGGAACCGGGUCUUAAACCCCCUGCUUUGGUGCCCUACAGGAUGGCACCCCCAGAGUUGAAGGAGUUGCUGAGGCAACUCAAGGAACUGUUAGAUGCGGGCUAUAUUCGACCCUCGAAUGCCCCAUAUGGCGCACCGGUGCUGUUCCAGAGGAAAAAGGACGGGUCCUUACGCAUGUGCAUCGACUACUGGGUGUUCAACAAGGUGCGGAUAGCGGACGGGGAUGAGCCUAAGACUACGUGUGUGACGAGGUAUGGCUCUUAUGAGUUUCUUGUUAUGUCGUUUGGCCUCACCAAUGCACCUGCUACUUUCUGUACUUUGAUGAACAAGCUCUUCCAUCCCUACUUGGAUCGCUUUGUGGUGGUGUACUUGGAUGAUAUUGUUGUGUAUAACACCACUCUAGAAGAGCACGUGCAGCACUUGAGGCCGGUCUUCCAAGUCCUACGGGAGAAUGACCUAUAUGUGAAGACAGAGAAAUGCUCAUUUGCCUAA